AUGAAGGUGGCCGUAUUGUCCCUUUUCGUAACCGCCGUAUCGGCCGCCUCACUACCUAGCUAUCGAUUUGUGGGGAGAGUCAACCCGGCGACCAAGCAGCUCACAUGGCCGAGCACUGGAGUGGCUUUUACUUUUAAGGGAACUACCGCUAGUAUUAAGAUCGACGGUAUCACCGGAACAUCAAGCGCAGAUUUGAUCAUCGACGGUGGCAAUCCAAUUCUCAUUAAAAACGUAGAGGGAACAUCCAUCUCAACCCCAAAACUCACAAAGGGUACCCAUACCGUUGAACUUCGGAAACGGUCAGAAGCCUCUUUUGGUGUUUUCCGGGUUACUGGUGUUAACACGGAUGGCCAACUGCUCGAGAAUGUAGCACCUAAGCGAAAGAUUGAGAUCAUUGGCGACUCCAUUACCGUCGGGUACGGCCUUGACGGCGUCCUGCCUUGUGUCGACUCAGCUGUUCUGCAGAACAACGGCAAGACAUAUGGUGCCGUCGCAGCGAGAGCUCUGAAGGCGGAUUAUAGUGUCGUCGCUUGGAGUGGCAAGGGUCUUAUCCGCAACUAUGCCCAGAACCCUCCCGACACUUCACCAACGAUGCCAGUUCUCUACACGCGCUACGGAGCCAACGAUGCUGACAACAGUUUCACAUUCCCCAGUUCGUGGGUCCCUGAUGCUGUGGUGAUCAACUUGGGCACAAAUGAUUUCAGCUACCUGAACGUGCGCCAGCCAGUCAACCCUGCAGAUCUUACCAAAGCCCUUGUCAAGUUGGUUAAGAGCGUACAGCCACACUACCCAAAGGCUCAGUUCUUCUUUGUGUCUUCCCCGCUACUCAGUGAUAGCUAUCCUACCCAGGCCGAUGCGCAGAAGUCUACACAUGUCAAGGUGCUUAAGGAUGCCAUGCAGCAGCUGACUGGUGUCAAGACUCAUCUGGUUGAUUGGCCAACUCAGGGUUCUGAUGCAGGUUGUGACUAUCACCCAAAUGCUGCCACGCAAGCAAAGGGCGGCGCGCUUCUUGAGGCCUCUAUUAAGUCAGCUCUGGGAUGGUGAGGGAUGAAGAGGCAGCACUAAGAAAAUAUCUUGAAGAUGGAUUUGGAUAAAGUAGGCUUCCUUAAGAUCUGGGUGAGGUCAAAUAAGACGAAAGUGUUGUAUUCUUGAC